CCGGGUGGAUGGAGGGGACUGGCAGGAUUGUGGAUAAGAAUAUCUACAUUAUACAAGGUGAAACCAAUACAGUAGUGGGAGCCAUAAAGCGCAGUGCGAGAUGGAGCACUCACACACACUUGGAUGAAGAACGUGAUCCCUUGUUGCACAGCUUCAGUGUCCUGAAAGAUAUUCUCAAUAACAUAACUGAUCUUUCAGCAAUUGAGCCCAUUGUCUUUCUUCGACCCUUCCUGGAUGUUAUCCGCUCUGAAGAUACUACCGGCCCCAUCACUGGAUUGGCCCUGACAUCAGUGAAUAAGUUCCUUUCAUAUGCACUAAUAGAUUCUAACCACGAAGGCACAGCUGAGGGAAUGGAGAACAUGGCAGAUGCGGUCACGCAUGCCCGAUUUGUGGGCACAGACCCUGCAAGUGAUGAGGUGGUCCUGAUGAAGAUCUUGCAGGUCCUGCGGACUCUUCUCCUCACUCCCGUUGGAGCUCAUCUGACUAAUGAGUCCGUCUGUGAAAUCAUGCAGUCCUGCUUUCGUAUAUGCUUUGAGAUGAGGCUCAGUGAGUUAUUGAGAAAAUCUGCAGAGCACACUCUGGUCGACAUGGUACAGCUGCUCUUCACAAGGUUAUCUCAGUUUAAAGAAGAGCCUAAAAGCUAUGUGGGGACUAACAUAAAGAAGAUUUCUCCAUAUCUCCUCAACAGACUGGAACUUUGUAGUGGGGAACAGUCCAAAGCCCUGAACCAGUUAGAGAGAGUACAGCUCUUUCAGAAACUGAAGUUGAAGAUGAGAGCAGGAGGAAUGAGUGACUCGUCGAAAUGGAAGAAGCAGAAGCGAUCACCACGGACCUCUUGCCACGUGAGCAAAGCGUCUUCAGGAUCAGAGCAGCCUGCUCCCAGUGGCACCGGCCUGUCAGGCCACAUGACCGGAGGAGUCAGUUUUGCUGACGUCCCUUCUCCCAUCUCAUCAGGAAGUUCAGAGAACACGUCUUCCGCAGCCAGUCCAUCUACAGACAGUGGCCUAGAGGUUUCCUCCCAGAGGAGCUCCAAAGAAGAUCUUACAGACUUGCAGCCCAUCAGCCCUCUGGGAAUUUGUGCAGCAAUGCCUUUAAGUGAGCCUAGAUGCAGAGAGCAGCCAGAACCCCAGAAUGACUACCACCCAGGAGAAAAGACCCCCUCUGCUUCAGUGGAGUCCAUCCCAGAAGUUCUAGAGGAGUGCACCUCUGCCGCUGAACACUCAGACUCCACUUCUGUUCACGACAUGGACUAUGUCAAUCCCCGGGGGGUGCGCUUCACACAGUGCUCUCAGAAGGAAGGAACAGCCCUGGUCCCUUAUGGACUGCCUUGCAUCCGAGAACUGCUCCGUUUUCUCAUCUCCCUCACUAACCCACAUGACCGCCACAACUCAGACGUGAUGAUCCACAUGGGGCUACAGUUGCUCACUGUUGCCCUGGAGCUGGCUUCUGUGGCAAAGUGCCCAUCACUCCUGGGACUCGUGAAGGAAGAGUUAUGCCGCUACCUCUUUCAAUUGUUGAGUGUGGAGCGACUCAAUUUAUACUCAGCUUCCCUUCGAGUUUGUUUCCUCCUCUUUGAGAGCAUGAGAGAACACCUGAAAUUCCAGCUAGAGAUGUAUAUAAAGAAGCUGAUGGAGAUAAUCACUGUAGAAAACCCCAGAAUGCCCUAUGAGAUGAAGGAGAUGGCCCUGGAGGCCAUAGUUCAACUCUGGAGGAUCCCUGGCUUUGUCACUGAGCUCUAUAUCAACUAUGACUGCGACUACUACUGUGCUAACCUUUUUGAAGACCUCACCAAGCUGCUCUCCAAGAAUGCCUUUCCUGUUUCUGGACAACUGUACACUACUCACCUACUGUCCCUUGAAGCAUUGUUGACAGUGAUUGAUAGCACAGAAGCACAAUGCCAAGCCAAAGUACUGAGCAGCAUCUACCAGCAGGAGAAGGAUGCUCUGAGACUGAAAACAGAAAUUGCUUCAGUUGCUGAAGGGCAACUGACAGAAGGUAACCUCCCCAUUUCGGAAUUGUUAGAGGUGCGCCCAUCCACAAAUGGCUGCUCAGUGACUGACCACACGAAGCCGCAAGGCUGUCUGUAUGUGGAGGGUGGAAACGAUGCAGUGGAGAAGACCACGCCGAGGAAGCCUACUCGCUUUUCCUGCCUCCUGCCUCCAACAACUGAACUGAUAAAGAUUAAGAGUAAAAAGAAGCUCUUGAUAAGUGGUUCAGAACAAUUCAACCAAAAGCCUAAAAAGGGGAUACAGUUUCUGCAGGAGAAAAAACUUCUGGCCACCCCCAUGGAUAAUGAUGAAGUGGCCAAGUGGCUGCGGGAGAAUCCUAGACUGGACAAGAAAAUGAUUGGGGAGUUUGUGAGUGACCGGAAGAAUGCAGACUUGCUGGACAGUUUUGUGGGGACUUUCAGCUUCCAAGGCUUGCGACUGGACGAAGCCUUAAGACUCUACCUAGAGGCCUUCCGGUUGCCAGGAGAAGCUCCUGUAAUUCAGAGACUUUUGGAAGCCUUUACAGAACAUUGGCGAAAAUCAAAUGGGUCCCCAUUUGCUAACAGUGAUGCUUGUUUUGCCUUGGCAUAUGCAGUUAUAAUGCUGAACACUGACCAGCACAACCAUAAUGUUCGGAAACAGAAUGUACCCAUGACUCUAGAGGAAUUCCGAAAGAACCUGAAGGGGGUAAAUGGAGGCAAAGACUUUGAGCAGGACAUGCUGGAGGACAUGUACCAUGCCGUCAAAAAUGAAGAGAUAGUGAUGCCAGAGGAGCAGACGGGCCUCGUAAAGGAAAACUACCUGUGGAGUGUGUUGCUGCAUCGUGGGGCCACUGAUGAAGGAAUCUUUCUGCAUGUGCCACCUGGCAGCUAUGACCAUGACCUCUUUGCCAUGACGUGGGGACCGACUGUCGCUGCCCUCUCCUAUGUUUUUGACAAAAGCCUAGAUGAAACAAUCAUCCAGAAGGCACUCACUGGUUUCAGGAAAUGUGCCAUGAUUGCUGCCCAUUAUGGCCUGAGUGAUGUUUUUGACAAUCUUAUAAUUUCCCUCUGCAAGUUCACAGCCCUGAGCAGUGAGUCCAUUGAGAACCUGCCCACUGUUUUUGGAAGCAACCCGAAGGCCCAGAUUGCAGCAAAGACGGUGUUCCACUUGGCUCAUCGCCAUGGCAAUAUUCUGCGAGAGGGCUGGAAAAACAUCAUGGAGGCCUUGCUGCAGCUUUUCAGAGCCGAACUGUUGCCAAAAACCAUGGUGGAGGUUGAAGAUUUUGUGGAUCCCAAUGGCAAGAUCUCUCUGCAGCGUGAGGAGACACCUUCCAGCCGUGGUGAGUCCACGGUGUUAAGUUUUGUUAGCUGGCUGACACUCAGUGGCACGGAACCAUCUGGCGUGAGAGGGCCAUCUACGGAGAGCCAGGAGGCAAAGCGAAUGGCCCUCGAGUGCAUAAAGCAAUGUGACCCAGAGAAGCUGAUCACUGAAAGCAAGUUUCUGCAGCUGGAGUCCCUCCAGGAGCUAAUGAAGGCCCUGAUCUCUGUGACUCCCGAUGAGGAAACAUAUGAUGAGGAAGAUGCUGCUUUCUGCUUGGAGAUGCUUCUGAGGAUUGUUCUGGAGAACAGGGAUCGUGUGGCUUUCGUGUGGCAGGCAGUGCGGGAUCACCUCUACCAUUUGUGUGUGAAUGCCGUGGAAUAUUGCUUCCUAGUGGAGAGAGCGGUGGUGGGGCUGCUGCGCCUGGCAAUUCGACUGCUCCGCAGGGAAGAGAUCAGUGCCCAGGUGUUGCUGUCCUUGCGCAUCUUGCUGAUGAUGAAGCCCAGUCUGCUGAACAGGGCCAGCCACCAGGUUGCGUACGGCCUCCACGAGCUCCUCAAGACCAAUGCGGCCAACAUCCACUCUGGGGACAACUGGUACACACUCUUCACCCUCCUGGAGUGUAUUGGGUCUGGAGUGAAACCACCCCCAGCUCUGCAGACGACAGCCAGAGCAGAGAAUGACACAGGGGCCCAGUCAGACAGCGAGAUCUACCACCCAAAUGAAUCCAGCCUCGAUCGUGGCUACACUUCUGAUUCAGAGGUGUAUGCAGAGCACAGCAAGCAGGGCAAAAUGCAUCGUUCUGUGACUGACGUGGAUGUAGUGAACAGUGGCUGGCUUGUGGUUGGAAAGGAUGACCUGGACAGUCCAAAAGCCAUCACAGGACUCUGCAAGCUGGGCAUCUCACCCCUGGUGAAUCAGUACAGUCUGACCGUGGGGCUGGAUCUGGGCCCACAUAAUACCAAGUCUCUGAUGAAGUGUGUGGAGUCCUUGUCUUUCAUUGUGCGAGAUGCUGCCCAUGUCACACCUGAGAACUUUGAACUUUGUGUCAAAACGAUCCGCAUCUUUGUGGAAGCCAGUCUGAAUGGAGGGUGCAAGUCCCAGGAGAAGCGGGGGAAAAGCCAUAAGUACGACCCCAAAACAGCCCGCUUCAAGAAGAAAGCCAAGGAGAGGCCCUUGAGGGGCUCCAGCCAGCACCAGCACCGCUUCCCCAGUGAUGAAGAGGAGGAGGAUGAAAGCGUUCCUGCCAGUUACCAUACUGUGUCUUUACAGGUUAGUCAGGAUCUGCUGGACCUGAUGCAUACCCUACACACACGCGCUGCGAACAUCUACAGCUCUUGGGCAGAGGAGGAGGAGCAGCAGCACCAUCUAGAGGCCGCGGGAAAGAAAAUCGAAGCCGACUCUCAGACCUUGUGGGCCAGUUGCUGGUGCCCACUCCUGCAAGGCAUUGCCUGCUUGUGCUGCGAUGCGCGGAGGCAGGUGCGGAUGCAGGCCCUGACCUACCUGCAGCGGGCUCUCCUGGUGCAUGACCUGCAGGCCCUGGACGCCUUGGAGUGGGAGUCCUGCUUCAACAAGGUGCUGUUCCCUUUGCUGACCAAACUCCUGGAAAACAUCAGCCCGGCAGAUGUCGGCGGGAUGGAGGAGACCAGAAUGAGAGCUUCAACUCUGCUUUCCAAGGUCUUCCUGCAGCACCUGUCGCCACUGCUGUCCCUCCCAACAUUUGCAGCUUUGUGGCUGACCAUCCUGGAUUUCAUGGACAAGUACAUGCAUUCCGGCUCCAGCGACUUGCUGCCAGAGGCAAUCCCGGAGUCGCUGAAGAACAUGCUGCUGGUGAUGGACACAGCUGGCAUCUUCCACAGUGCUGACUCACGAACAGGCCACUCAGACCUCUGGGAGAUCACCUGGGAGCGCAUCGACUGCUUCUUGCCAAAGCUGCGAGAGGAGCUCUUCAAGCAGACAGUCACCCAAGACCCAGUUUCCGCUUUACCAUCAGAGAUGUAUCCCCCAAAACCAAUGGCAUCUGUUCUGCCACAUCCCCCUGGAGGAGACACAAGGCCAGCCCCACACUCUGCACCCCCUGAGAAGACUCCUGAGCUGGCCAACACCAAUCCCGAGAGCGCCUCUGCCGCUGGCACCAGCCCCUCCGGACCGCAGGUGCUCUCUCCAGCAAAAGGGAGCUCCGUGAAAGAGACCCCUCCGGCAGGGGCGCAGCCGCCGCUCAUCCUCCGGCCUCUGGCCUCCCCCUUGCAGGUGGGGGUGCCGCCAAUGGCAUUGCCCAUUAUCCUGAACCCAGCGCUCAUCGAGGCCACCUCCCCGGUGCCGCUCCUGCCUUCUCAGCGGCCCACUGACCCUGUGGCCACGUCAGAAGUCAACUGAGGGGGGGGGGAGGAGAGGGCAGCUGGCUGCGGGGGCAGCGGAGGGGACUCAGGCCGUGCUCUGUUGGGCAGAAGUUGUGCUGGCUGUGUGGAAGGCCGAAGCCGGAGAGCAGCAGGCUGCUUUGCCCGGACGGCUGUCCUCUCUGGUGGAGCCCGAGCCAAAAAACCCAUCCCCCCUUGGGCAGAGGCCGUCCGUCUCCGUGCUGCCCACAGCCAGUUCCCCUCCCCUGUUCUUUAGAGCUCUGGAGGGCAGCAGCCAGGCUCCUCCUGGCGGAGGAGAGCAAGGAACUGGCUUCCACGAGAGCUUCCGGAAGAGAUUCGGCCCCUUUCCUGUCCUCUCUCUUCCUUGCCACUCGCCCAGAAGGGCGCUGUUUUUCAGGCCUUCCCAGGGCUCGAGUGGGCAUGCCUGGUCGCCUGAGCCGGAGGAUGCAGAGGCCUGAGCUCUGGGGCGGAAGAGAUUCUCUCUGCAGUGCCAAGCAAGUGGUACCAUCUUGGCCAAAAUCAGCCUCUCCCCCUUCCAGUGGAAUCCCAAGGGGUUUGCUCCAAGCAUCCUGACCACGUGCCCACAGCUUCCGGGGGGG